AUGGAGCUGAACAGCAAGAAGAAGCUGCAUGCCCUGUCCCUGGCCGAGAAGAUCCAGGUGCUGGAGCUCCUGGACGGGUCCAAGAUGUCCCAGUCGGAAGUGGCCCGGCGCUUCCGGGUGUCCCAGCCCCAGAUCUCGCGCAUCUGCAAGAACAAGGAGAAGCUGCUGGCCGACUGGUGCAGUGGCACCGCCAACCGUGAGCGCAAGCGCCAGCGGGAGUCCAAGUACAGCGGCAUCGACGAGGCCCUGCUCUGCUGGUACCACAUCGCACGGGCCAAGGCCUGGGACGUGACGGGGCCUAUGCUGCUCCACAAAGCAAAGGAGCUGGCUGACCUCAUGGGCCAAGACUUCGUGCCCAGCGUGGGCUGGCUGGUCCGUUGGAAACGCCGAAACAACGUUGGCUUUGGGGCCCGCCAUGUCGUGGCGCCUCCAUUCCCCCCGGAGCCGCCCCCUCCAGGGGUCCUGGCCCAGUCUCAGCUGCCUCUUUCCCUGAAAGACUUUUCCCCAGAGGAUGUGUUUGGCUGCGCUGAGGUGCCCUUACUCUAUCGGGCGGUGCCUGGCGGGGUCAGUGCCUGUGACCUGGUUCGGGUGCUGCUAUGUGCCAACAGCAGGGGCACAGAGAAGCGGCGGGUGCUGGUGGGGGGAUGCCAGGCCACCCCGAGGUGCUUCUUUGGGGUCAGCAUUGAGGCCCUGCCUGCCUCCUACCACCCUGAGCUGAGCAUCCCCUGGGCAGAGUGGUUGGCACAGUUUGACCGGGACAUGGGACGCCAGGGCCGCCAGGUAGCCCUGCUGCUGGGUGCACGUGGGGUGGAGGAGUGGGCGGACUUGCCUGGGCUCUGCCACGUGCGGCUCUUACCUCUGGCCGCCACCAGCACCCCACCUUCCCUGCCCAGUUCCGUGGUGCAGGCCUUCAAGGCCCAUUACCGACGCCGGCUGCUGGGCAAGCUGGCUGCGGUGCAAAGUGAGCAGGCCGGUGUCUCUCUGGCCGAGGCCGGCGCGGGCAUCACAGUGCUGGACGCUGUGCACCUGGCGGCGGCGGCCUGGGCCAAGGUGCCUGCUCAGCUCAUACGCAGCAGCUUCAUUCAGGAAGGGCUGGUGCCGGGCAGAACGCCCCCGUCCCCAGAGAGAGCCUCUGCAGUGCCCCCGGUCCCCCUUGGGCUGAGCCUGGAGGAGUUUGCCCGCUUCGUGGACCUGGAGGAUGAGGAGCCAGCCUCCAGAGUGUGCAAAGAGGAGACAGGCACUGAGGACACAGAGGGGCCCCGGGAGGACGAGCCCCUGCCCACCAAGGCCGACGCCCUCCGCGCCCUGGGCACGCUGAGGAGGUGGCUCGAGUGCAGCGGCACCUCCCGGGAGCUCUUUGAGAAGUUCUAUGACUGUGAGGAGGAGGUGGAGCGCCUCUGCUGCCUGGGCCCAGGCUUCUCUAAAGAGGCGGGGCUUUGGUUCCGGCUCCCAGGCAGUGCUGCACGUCGUCUGACCUUCACCCAGUACCUGGGGGAAGAUGGAACACUGGGAGCUGGCGCUUCCUUUUCCUCCCGCUUGCACCCGGCGCAGUGA